CGCAUCCUAGUUCUCGCUCUCCAGCCGGGGUAGUGGCGUUAGCGUCGCUUCGGGGCUGAGGCCCAGUAGGCCCCGGAGCUCGGACCCGCCCCCGCAUGCACCGACCGAGCUUUCGCCCGCCCACGCCGCCCUUCGCGGGGCCCGGACCGGGCUCGUGGGGCGGCAGCGGCGGGUUCCGAAGUCCCCCGGGCUGCCCGCGGCCGCCCUCCCCGCGGGACGGCUACGGGAGCCCGCACCAGACGCCGCCCUUCGGGCCCCGCGCCCGGCCCCGCCAUUCCGGUUCCCCGGCCUCGGGCCCCGGCUACGCGGGCCCUGCGCCCGGCUUCUCCCCGGGCCCGCCGCCCAGGCCGCUCCAGCCGCCCUUCGCGGGGCCCGGACCGGGCUCGUGGGGCGGCAGCGGCGGGUUCCGAAGUCCCCCGGGCUGCCCGCGGCCGCCCUCCCCGCGGGACGGCUACGGGAGCCCGCACCAGACGCCGCCCUUCGGGCCCCGCGCCCGGCCCCGCCAUUCCGGUUCCCCGGCCUCGGGCCCCGGCUACGCGGGCCCUGCGCCCGGCUUCUCCCCGGGCCCGCCGCCCAGGCCGCUCCAGGGUUCACCCAGGACAUCUACACCUUUUGGUUCAGCACGUGGCAAAGAAAAAAGAAUGUCUAAUGAUGUGGAAAACUAUUUCAAACCUUCAAUGCUUGAGGACCCAUGGGCAGGACUAAAACCAGUCUCUGUAACAGAUGUAAACCAAAAAUACAACAAUGAGCAAACAGUAUUUACUGGCAAAAGGGGGAGAUAUUUUAAUUAAUGUUUCUAAAGGUCAAAUGAAAAGGAACACAUCUUACAUCUUAACUAAAAUUAAAAAAAAAAAUAUUCCACUGCCAUCUGGAUGCAAACGCUGCCUUUCUGAAGACUCACCAGCAUUGGAUUUCAAGAGAUUUGAUAGACUUCCUACCCUAUAUGGACCGUGUGUUCAGCUACUCUUGUUAACUAAUUACUACCCCUAAAUUUUUUUUUAACAUUUGUGGUAAGAGUUUUCUAAGCCCUUGUUUUGUAAUGCUUUCUUCAUACAACCUAUGAGAUGUACUAGCCACAGGACUUAGAACUCAAGAAAUGGCCUAUUUUGUACAUACCGUGCUAUUGAAAACAGUGUGAAUUCUGUGCACCCCAUCUUUUGUAGUUUUAACACCAUGUCCCUACUUAUCACCAUCUCAGGAAGGAACCAUUAUGGUCUGUGUGUGUGAUUGUUAAACCAAUAAUAAUGCACGUUUGAGUGUUUUAUUCAUCUAUUGGGUUUUGUUCGCUGCAAAAUCCAUGCUUUCAUAAUUAGAUAUCAUUAGCAAAUAUUUGGACUGUAGCUAUUUUGAUACAUGCAGUUUUUUUAGCCACACUGUAUAAAAGUAUGUAAUGUUUAAAAAUAAAUGGAUGGAAAAUUUCA